AUGGACCAAAUCAUCCGCUUGCUCGCCAAUGGCGAAGAGAUUGUCGAUGUGGAUGAGGAAUCAUUUCUCCUCUUCGCACAAGACAUCCCAAGCAACAACCUAGGGAUGCUCAAUCCCCGUGCACCAUCAGUAGAGAUCUCUAUCAAUGGUAAUGAAUAUACAAUCCAUCAAUCACCAUCACUACUCUCCUCUCAUCGAGCAGGAGGUACUACAGGCGCUGGUAAGUACAAAAUUCCCGGUACACUGCACAAGCCCGCGCAUGAUCUACACCAGCUCCUCUAUGAUUUGUCCCCAGAAUCCCCAGAGGCCAGAAUCCCAAGCACGGACUUCUCCGCAGUUCUUUGGAAAAUUACACCUCUCUUUGCAGAAUGGAUAACGAAUCCCUCGAAUCCGCUCUGGACAACCUCCCUUCUUAGCCAGACUUCAACAGUGGCUGAACUCGGCACCGGGAUCUCGGCGUUGGUCGCACUCGUACUGGCGCCCUCUGUGCGCCACUACAUCGCCACUGACCAGGAAUAUGUGCGCAAAUUAUUCCGAACGAAUCUUGACGCCAAUGCGUCCGUCACUACGUCUCAUAGCAACCGUAACAGCAAAGGAUCAGGCAAGAGCAAGGGAUCCAAAUCAAAGCAAACCUUGACCGCCAAGUCUGUCAAUAAUAUCUCCUUCACAACGCUAGACUGGGAGACUGACCAGGCCGCCUCACUAAAGGAAUGUAUGGAUUCUGACGAUGCCCAUGGCCAAGACGCAGAGGAAGAAGGAGAGGACGAUAAAGGCUUCGACCUUCUCCUUUCCUGUGACUGCAUCUACAACGAAGCACUCGUGGCCCCGUUCGUGCGCACUUGCGCUGAGAUCUGUCGACUGCGGCCGGCGUAUGUGGGUAGUUCUGAAGAACCUCGAUCGCGCCGCAAGCCUACGGUUUGCAUUAUCGCGCAGCAGCAAAGGUCGCCGGAUGUGUUUGAGACUUGGCUCAGAGAGACGAUGCGGGAGUUUGGGGUUUGGAGGUUGAGUGAUGAUGUGCUUGGGGAGGGACUGAGAAGUGGGUCUGGAUACUUGGUACAUUUGUUAUUGGCGAGGGAGAAAUAG